AUGCCUCCAAGACUACCAACCAUCUCGACAGCUUCGGCUAUUGCGCGAACAGUCAUUCGACCCUUUUCCACAACAGCCCCUGCUGCUGCUCCCCGCGAUGUCCCUCUUGUAGGACAUAACCAGCGACUUGCGAAUCUCGGCAGCAGUAAUAACCGUGCUGGUGGGCACGGGUACAAGCCAUCGCGCGGCGGAGAUGCUGCUUCUAGACUGAUAGAGCGAUACAAGGCGCGGAACAACUCUUACACAGCGGAGAAGACGGCCCAGAUGGAUUUUCUCAAGAACCAGAAAAUGUCGGGCGACUAUCUCAGACAAAUGCCUCGACGAUGGCAGGCAGGAGAUGUCUACUCGCCUCAUGAUCUGAGCCCUAUCGAGAUGCAAAAGUGGAGGAAGAGGUCGGUAAGGAACAGCGACGUUAUCGAUGCGCUCGGCAUCAAGCCUCUUGACAUGUACAAGAACUUCUCUCUCAUUGAAUACUUCACAUCAUCAUCUGGAAUGAUCAAUCACUCCAACCUCACCCGUCUUCGACCCGUCAACCAGCGCAAGGUGGCCAAGAUGGUCCGCCGAGUUCAGGGAAUGGGUAUCUACCCCAGCGUGCACGCCCAUCCCGAAAUGCUCCGUGAGGAUUUCUUUGCGAACCGAAAGUAG